CAUCUUUCACUCACCUUAUACGUUACGAGAGAAUUAAAGCUGGUAUUGGGCCAUGGCAAUCCACAUUUCACACCCACCUUUUAUUCUUUUGCUCACUCUCUCUCCCUUCUUUUUCUCCUUUUCUUCCUCUUUACUUCUACACUAAUAUAUCAUUUUCCCCAACCCCCAUUGAUCCGUUGCCACUUCAGGAAAGAAAAGGAGUCUCCUUUCGAACUUCUCUGGGUUUAUGUUAUUUUGAAAUUAGUUACUUCACAUCAAGAAUGGGUUCAGGCGAUUGGUUUAAGACGAUAAUUAGCUUAAGAAAAUCAAAGAAAGACAGAUCAAAGAAAGCAAAGGGUAUCUUAGCUCAAGAGAAACUAAAUGCAUCAAAGUCAAACAAUUAUACCGGGAAAGAGUCUAGUGAUUUAGCAAAUGGUAUUAAAAGUGAAAACCUUGUUUCACCUGGGGUGUCAGUUGAAACUAUUGCUGCAACAAGGAUCCAGACUGCAUUCCGAGCUUAUAAGGCUAGAAAGGCUUUACGGCGCGUGAAAGGAUUUUCAAAACUGAAGAUCCUAACAGAAGGUUUCUCUGUUAAAAAGCAAGCCAGUACAGCUAUAACAUACCUUCACUCAUGGAGCAAGAUUCAAGCCGAGAUCAGAGAUCGUCGAAUAUGUAUGGUAACAGAAGACAGGAUCAGGAGGAAGAAACUAGAGUCUCAACUAAAACUGGAAGCAAAACUUCAUGAUCUGGAGGUUGAAUGGUCAGGUGGUUCUGCAACCAUGGAGGAAACCCUUGGAAAGAUACAUCAGAGGGAAGAAGCAGCAGUUAAGCGCGAAAGAGCCAUGGCAUAUGCCUUUUCCCAUCAGUGGAGGGCCAACUCUAGUAUGAGCCAACUGCUAGGUAGUUAUGAACUUAGCAAGGCUAAUUGGGGUUGGAGCUGGAAGGAACGGUGGGUCGCCGCUCGGCCUUGGGAAAGUCGCAUCUCCGGCGUAUCUGUCAUCCCAGAGAAAGCUCAACAUAAGCAGCCAAGUAAGGUGCAGAAGGAUAAGAACACAUCAACACCAAAAACUCCUGUCUCAGUUAAACCUCCUUUAGCCAUUGCAAAAGGGACUCCUCCUUCUGCCAAUGCAAAAGCCAAUUCAAAAGCUAGGAGAUUGUCUUAUCCACCAACUGCCGAGAAAACUGUGAUUCAAGAAGUGCAGUGAGUUCUUGACAAGGUGGCAAAGAUAGAGCACAAUUUUUAAGUAUCAAGCUUUUCUGAUAACUUGAGUGGAAUUGAGUGGAACAUUCAAAUUGAUUUUAAAUUGGUUACAAUCCAUAAAAAGUAAACCAGAAAGCCAACUUAUUUAUUUAUUGGAUUGCUUCCAAUUGUGCAUACGAGUGUGACAGAAAUUCAAACAAACCACUGCAGAGAAUGUGUCAACAGACCUGUUGUGGGUGUGAUUUGUUGAUUGCUUCUGUUUAUUUUCUUCUUCUUUUCAUUCUUGUAUAUUCAACGAAAAGACAGAUUGUAGAUAGAACAAUAUAUCUAUUCUUUUAUGUUGUAAUAGAAAAUUUCCAAGAUGUGAU